AUGUCGACAUCCUCCGAGACGCCACCCGACACCAUCAUGGUGGGGGUUUCCAAUUCCGACAGGCUCGCCGACGAGGAUCACAUUGCGGUAGAAGCUCCUCCGGGAGGCAACUCGAGCGUGCCCAAGCCGAAGCGUCUAGCAUGCAUGAUCUGCAGAAAGAGAAAAUUGAAGUGCGACGGCAUCAAACCGAGCUGCAGCACAUGUUCGCGGCUCGGCCACCAUUGCGCCUACGACGAGGUCAGGAGAAAGAGCGGGCCCAAGAGAGGUUACGUCAAGGCUCUUGAGGAACGGCUAAAACAAGUCGAGACGCUGCUGAAAACCCAGGAGCUCUCAUCAAGUUCCGAUGGAGCCAAGGGGAUUUCCAUUUCUCUCGAUGGAGCCACAAAGCAGCCCCUGAAUCAGCGCGCCGCUGCCACGGCAAACUUCAAUGUCACAGACCCAUCCAUCGGAAUCACCAGUGGUCGCGACUGGCAAUUCAACGCCGACUCGCCCAAUGCGCCCCUUGAGGACUUCAACUUCAGCGGCGGCAUGAACAUUGGUAUGAGCGGGGUGGAUAACAACUUCACAUGGGAAAUGAUAGGCUUAGGCUUGGAGGAGCCGUUGCCCUCCCAAGCCAUAAUCGAUGAGUUGCAUCACAUCUACUUCGAGAAGAUUCACCCAUCAGUGCCCAUGAUCCACAAAUACCGAUAUUUGGCGGCAAUGAACCUUGCUCCGGCCCAGCGCCCCCCCGUCUGCCUCCGGUACGCCAUGUGGACACUAGCCUGCUCUGUGUCAGAUAAGUUUCAGACCCUCAAGGACUUAUUCUACGCGCGUUCGAGGAAGUACCUCGAGUCAGACUACAUCAAGGGCUACGGCGAGCACAUCAUCUCGGUCGCCCACGCCCAGACCCAUGUGCUACUUGCCUCGUAUGAGUUUAAGUGGAUGUACUUCCCCAGAGCGUGGAUGAGCACGGGCUCCGCCGUCCGAUUGGCUCAGAUGAUCGGUGUUCAUCGCCUCGACGGGGCAGGGUUGGAUGUCAAGCAGUGCUUGCCACCACCUCGAGAUUGGACAGAGAGGGAAGAAAGGAGAAGAACCUUUUGGAUGGCGUUCUGUUUGGACCGGUUUGCCAGCAUUGGCACUGGCUGGCCUAUGGUUGUCGACGAGAAGGACAUAUUGACGAAUCUGCCCGCAUCGGACGAGGCCUUUGAGCUGAGCCGCCCAGAGCAGACGCCCACGCUUCAGGACGCCCUCGGGCCCGCGGGAGCAGGGAAGCUCUCGCCCUUUGCUGGCGUGGUCCUCAUGGCCUGCCUCUUCGGCCGCAACCUCGUCCACCUUCACCGCCCAGACGUCGACGACCGAGACCACGACCUGAAUGGUGAGUUCUGGAAGCGCCACCGACAGCUGGACAACAUCCUUCUCAACACGUCCCUCUGUCUUCCGUCGGCGUUGAAACUCCCCAAUGGCCUCGGAAACGCCAAUGUUGUGUUUACCAACAUGUGUAUCCACACAUCUACCAUCUGCCUGCACCAAGCAGCCAUCUUCAAGGCCGACAAGAACCGGCUCCCGGCUUCAGUGAGCUCAGAGAGCAAGGUGCGGUGCAUUACGGCGGCAAACGAGAUUGCGAGCAUCAUGAGGAUGAUCUCGCAUCUGGACCUUUCCGCCAUGAACCCGUUCAUCUCGUUCUGCCUUUACGUAUCAGCCCGGGUAUUUGUGCAGUACCUCAAGAGCAGGCCAGACGACAGCCAAACAGCCGAUUCCCUGCGGUUCCUCCUAUCGGCAAUGAACGCGCUGAAGCGGCGGAAUCCUCUCACCGAAUCCUUCCUGGUCCAGCUCGACGUGGAUCUUGAAGCGCUGGGCGUGCGCAUUCCCAGGCUGAGAAGCGCAUUCCCUCGCAGCAGUGAUACCCCGGGCUCCCCGGGACUUCUUCCUCAGGGCUUCUCGCCACACUCCCGCAACGCCACCUAUGGGCGUCCAAAGGGGCACGGCAUCAUGAAUUACACGAACGAAUGCCACUUCAUGAAGGUCUCCGGCGACGACGGCAACCCCGCCAAUGGCCCUGACAUCAUCGACAUCGACCCCAACCCAGGCGUUCAGGGUUUCUCGCCGCCCGAACAACAGCCCACUGCCCUCCCAACCCGCGAGCGCAGCCACACCGGCCCGUACAUUCCCAGCCACGGCCUCGUACCACCGCCCGUUUCUGCCUUCUCAACCUACGUCCCUUCCCCGGACAUGGACGCAGCCAGCAGCAGCAACAACAACAACGACCUGUCCGGCACCUCACCGGGGCCCUCCAACCGCCCGACGCCAAACUCGAGCACAACAGGCGCGUCGUCGUCAGAACAAGCACAACAACAACACCAGCGCCAGAACCUUGCUGGCUCCGGCGGCAACGGUUCCGGGCGCAACUCGUUCGAGACAAGCCCCGUCUCGUCACACCAAAACCUCACGGGUGGCGGCGGGAGCAGCAGCAUGUCGGGUGCAACGGGCACGACGCCCGUCAGCGACGGCGUCGUGGAGCCCUCCUCCUUGCCGGGCAUCAGUGCCUUCUCUUUCGCGGACCCUACAGUUUCGUCCUUUGGGAUCCCCUCGACGGGGUUGACGCCCGAUUCGCAUUCGCAUCAUUCGCGCUACAGCAUGUCCGCUGGCGCAGGCGCUGACGACACGUCGGGCGGGGGAGGAGGAGGAGUGCAUCCUACCUGGGCGGCCGAGAUGGCAGGGCAUGGGCAGCAUCAGGGGGGAAUGGCGGCUGUGCCGGACGGUAUGCUGAGGUCGAUUAUGGCGAUGGGAAGUAUGGAGGGAAUGGAUAUGGGGGGUUGGGAGCCGAGUGCGUAG